GAGGUCACAGCAAGCAGUCGUCACUAUGUAGACAGACUCUUCGAUCCCGAUCCUCAGAAAGUUCUGCGUGGAGUUGUAGAUAUGAAAAAUGCAGUGAUUGGAAACAACAAACAGAAAGCCAACCUCAUAGUUUUGGGAGCAGUGCCAAGAUUAUUAUACUUGCUUCAGCAAGAGACUUCGAGCACAGAACUGAAGACAGAAUGUGCUGUGGUCCUUGGCAGCUUGUCUAUGGGUACAGAAAACAAUGUGAAAUCCCUGCUAGACUGUCACAUAAUCCCAGCUCUGCUGCAAGGCUUGCUGUCAGCAGACAUCCGCUUCAUUGAAGCUUGUUUGCGAUGUCUCCGAACAAUUUUCACAAGUCCAGUAACUCCAGUGGAGCUCUUGUAUACAGAUGCUACUGUAAUCCCUCAUCUUAUGAUGUUGCUCAGCAGAUCUCUCUACUGUCAAGAGUACAUCUGCCAGAUCUUCGCCCAUUGCUGCAAAGCUCCUGAUCAUCAGACCAUUUUAUUUAAUCAUGGUGUGGUACAAAAUAUUGCCCAUUUGCUCACAUCUGUGUCAUAUAAAGUACGCAUGCAAGCAUUAAAGUGCUUUUCUGUUUUAGCGUUUGACAAUCCCCAGGUAUCAAUGACACUUGUAAAUGUGCUGGUUGAUGGGGAACUAUUGCCACAAAUCUUUGUAAAGAUGCUACAGCGAGACAAGCCUAUUGAAAUGCAGCUAACAGCAGCAAAAUGCUUAACGUAUAUGUGUCGAUCAGGCGCUAUUCGAACAGAUGACAACUGCAUUGUCCUGAAAACACUCCCCUGCUUGGUUAGAAUGUGUAACAAAGAACGCCUUCUAGAGGAAAGAGGUAGAAGGUGCAGAAACGUUAGCCUAUUUAAUAGAGCCCGAUGUGGAGCUGCAAAGGAUUGCCAGCAUUACAGAUCAUCUCAUCUCUAUGCUUGCUGACUACUUUAAAUAUCCCAGCUCAGUCAGUGCCAUCACGGACAUUAAGAGGCAGCAAGAAACGGGGCAACUUUGCACCGAGGAGACAGACUCAGGAGGGGCUAUAGACGAAUCCUACUGCACUGCAGCCUUUCUUACCUUUCCAUUGUCCCAAAUGACUCCGCAAGCACAGCUUGUCUCACCCCCAUCUCCGGAGUCCAAACUCGAUCAUGAUUUGAAACACGCCCAUGAGUUGCGACAGGCAGCCUUCAAGCUCUACGCCUCACUGGGAGCCAAUGACGAAGACAUCCGGAAGAAGGUGAGUCUGGGAGAGGGGCGACCCGCGGUCCUGUCAGCCAGCAGACAGGGUGUGAUGCCCACCUGA